ACCAAUCAAUUCACUCGUGUAGCAACGCCGCUGCGGAGUGUCUUCAGCGGAGAGGGACGAGGUAGCGAACAUAUUAGUCUAUAAGAUAAACGAGUUAUUUUUUUCUUCCAAUUUUAUACCGAAGGAGAUACUGCAGCGUAAACCAAGGACGAUGACUGGCUCGAACGAGUACAAACUGAACCAGGGACCAGAGGACAGUAUCUCUGCUGUGAAGUUCAGUCCCAGUACGGGCCAGUUCCUUCUCGUGUCCUCUUGGGACUGUACUGUCCGGCUCUACGAUGUGGCAGGAAACUCCAUGAGGAUCAAGUAUUCUCACCUGGCACCUGUGCUGGAUUGUGCUUUCUAUGACCCUACACAUGCCUGGAGCGGAGGCUUGGACACGCAGUUGAAAACCCACGACUUGAAUACAGAUCAAGAUACAAUAGUUGGGACACACGACGCCCCCAUUCGCUGUGUGGAAUACUGUCCAGAGGUCAACGUCAUGGUAACAGGUAGCUGGGAUAGGUCAGUCAGGCUGUGGGACCCCAGGACCCCCUGCAACGCUGGCACCUUCACACAACCUGAAAAGGUGUACACCCUCUCUGUGGCUGGUGACCGGCUCAUAGUGGGGACAGCAGGGAGGAGGGUGUUGGUCUGGGACCUGAGGAAUAUGGGCUACGUCCAGCAGAGGAGAGAGUCCAGUCUGAAAUACCAGACACGAGCCAUCAGGGCCUUCCCAAACAAACAGGGCUACGUGCUGAGCUCCAUAGAAGGACGUGUUGCGGUGGAGUACCUGGACCCCAGCCAGGAAAUGCAGAAGAAGAAGUACGCCUUCAAGUGCCACCGGUUGAAGGAGAACGGCAUAGAGCAGGUCUAUCCCGUCAACGCCAUCUCCUUCCACGGUGUCCACAACACCUUCGCCACAGGUGGUUCAGACGGCUUUGUGAACAUCUGGGACCCUUUCAACAAGAAGCGCCUGUGUCAGUUUCACCGCUACCCCACGUCUAUCGCCUCCCUGGCCUUCAGUAACGACGGCUCCACGCUGGCCAUCGCCUCCUCUUACAUGCAGGAGCAGGGAGACAUCAGCCACCCGGAGGACACCAUCUUCAUCCGUCAGGUGACGGACGCCGAGACGAAGCCCAAGUGAGUCGGGACGGUCUCCUGAUCUGAUUCACACCGUGGGGCCCCGAUCUGAUUCUGAAACUGCGCUGCCUCGGGUAGUUUCUUUCCGCGUUGUCUUCUUUCAGCACUGUGAGCUACAGCAACCAUGAUACAGGAUUUACUUCAUGGUGGGUCCAGCCCAGUACGGCUCGGCCCUAUAGUGUGAAGCAGAACAUCCAGUCCACAUCCCGGUGCUCUUGUCUGGCCUGCACCGCCACACUGCCCCUCACACUAUUUUGGUACAUAUGAAUGGCAGCAUUGACCAGGAGCAGGCAGCUGGUAUUUAUCAGGCCAUCUAGCUCUCUCUCUCUAGCGCUCUCUCUCUCUCUCCAGCUCUCUCUCCCUCUCUAGCUCUCUCUCUAGCUCUCUCUCUAGCUCUCUCUCUAGCUCUCUCUCUAGCUCUCUCUCUCUCUAGCUCUCUCUAGCUCUCUCUCUCUCUAGCGCUCUCUCUCUCUCUAGCUCUCUCUAGCUCUCUAGCUCUCUCUCUCUAGCUCUCUCUCUCUCUCUCUCUCUCUCUCUCUCUCUAGCUCUCUCUCUCUCUCUAGCUCUCUCUCUCUCUCUAGCUCUCUCUCUCUCUCUCUAGCGCGCGCUCUCUCUCUCUAGCGCUCUCUCUCUCUCUCUAGCGCUCUCUCUCUCUAGCUCUCUCUCUCUCUACCUCUCUCUAGCUCUCUCCGCCUUUUUCAAUAUCCCGUAGUUGACGGACCGAUGAGGACUUGACAAAAUGGCUGCCUCCUGAUCUGUGUGUGGCUCCAGGAGAGUCCUGAAGACAGCUGAAUGGCUCCAUCUAAACAAAACAACCUUCGCUGACCUUUGUUCAUCUGCCUGUAUUUGUUGGAUUUAAAGUUUAUUAUUUACUGUUCCCAUUUAUUUGUACUUUUAAAAAUGAAACGUGUGCUUUUAUUAAAUGUAGAAGGACUACA